AUGGCGCAAAACGCGAAGAUAGCUGGCCUCACGGACGAGCUGAUACAUUCGAUUCUAAAGUUCAGUCCAGCAACCAACAGGCAAGCCUACAAGCACGCCAAAGAGAUCGCCUUACGUGGUCUCCGGGGACAUCAAUAUGCUCGAACGAAUCAAUUCGACGUUAAAGCUACCUUUGCCGGCCUGGACGAGAAGUUCCGCAUUAAAGACCGCGAUGACCUCGCGGACGCAUUGCAAAUACGACUCCAGAAGCUGGAGGGCUUGACCAGCAAGUUCAAGCCCGAACUCCUCGCGCUAUUGCUUCAACUCGCUGAUCGGCCGCUGGAGAACACACAAGUCGAAGCGCUGGCGCUGGCUCGACCGCCUAGCCCCCCGCCACCGCUGACUUGGUCUGAGAUCCUGCAUGAGGACCCGUAUAGCGACGAGGAUAUUUGGAAGGAUAUCGACUACGCCGUCGAAUCUUCAGGAGACGAGAGAAUAACAAAGAAGCGGGGAAAGACCAAGUCUUCACCACCGACGAGUGUCGAAGAAGAUGACACGUAUGAUCCAGAGUCAUGUGUUCUUUCAACAAAGGUCGACCUUGUCAGAGACUUGGAAGAAGCACAGUUUUGGAAAAAUGCUGAAGACGAGCAUAGUGCAAAGAUUGAGAUCACCGAGCUACAGGCGAUACGGGAAACGCUUUUCAUGCUCGCAGGACUCCGGACAAGCCUAUAUCAAACCGACAAACAGAAAUACAACAUCCGUAUCGUUUCAAGGUAUAACCUCGCCCAUGCUAUGCAGAAUACGACCGAUCAUCUUCUAUCUCAAUUCACGAGCAUAGGAAAAGAUAUCUACCGACUGCGGCAGUGGACUGCGAAAGCAUCAACACUACCCCUCAUCCAGACCUUUGAAGCAGCCGUCCGAAAACGCCUGUUGGCUUAUGAUCAGUCUCUAACACAGCUACAACAACGUUACCUAUCACCCGUUACACCAAUUUCGAUCAGCUUGCUCGAGCUUCACCAUGAGGUUCAGUCAUUGUCUGUGCCUAUACUCCGCCUAGCACAGAUAGUGUCAGACAUCGAACCUCAGCUCCUCGUCAAUCCGUUCAGCCACCUGGAAGCCUUGUUUAACCAAACAACGCUAGCCCAGAUGAUCCUCGAGAAGGAGAUAUUCGAGUACAUGUCCGAGAUAUUCUUCGAAUGCCUUCAAACUUAUCUUAAGCCGAUCCGAAUGUGGAUGGAAGCAGGCGAGCUUGGCACUGACGAUGAAACCUUCUUUGUCUUUGCAAACGACCCAAACAGCGAUGCUGCCUCUCUCUGGCACGACAGAUAUGUGCUACGCCGAGAUGGGCAUAAUGAACUGCGAUCGCCUACAUUCCUUCAGCCAGCAGCGGAGAAGAUCUUCAAUACUGGGAAAAGUGUCGUCUUCCUCAAAGAGCUGGGCAUUCACAACAUCUCUUCCAAUAGCGCUGCCAACGAACCACGUCUUGACCACGAAACAGUCUGUGGUACCUCAUCAGAUGUACUUCUCUGCCCAUUUCCAGAGCUCUUUCAAGCCGCCUUCUCAAACUGGAUCCGCAGCAAAUACUCCGUCGCCUCAUCAGUCCUCCGCCAGCAUAUCUUCGAGGUUGCUGGCCUCACGCGUACUCUGACCACCUUCGAAACUAUAUACCUUGGCAAGAAUGGGGCAGUCUUCGAGGAAUUUGCGAAUGCGGUAUUCGAGCGCAUGGAUACUAGUCAGAGAGGCUGGAAUGAUCGAUACGUGUUGACAGAGCUUGCGCGCGGGAUAUUUUGUAGCACCUUGUCUACUUCGGAUGUGGAGAGGGUCGUGGUGCGGUCUACGAAGACCAAGAGCCCUGAACGUUCUCUUAAGGGGCUGGCUGCUAUGUCUGUUGACUAUGCCCUCCCAUGGACCAUUCAGAACAUCGUACAGCGCUCAUCGAUCCCUGUCUACCAACAACUCUUCACCUUCCUCCUACAGAUCUACCGCGUGAGAUACCAACUCCAACGCGUCCGCCCAACGCGUACCCAACGCGCUAAACCUCCUGUUAAGCUCACGUACAAGCUGCAACACCGCCUUACCUGGUUCACCGACAUAUUACGCUCCUACCUCACCGAGACAGUCAUCUUCUUCACAACCCAAGAUAUGGAAACCGCGAUGGAGAAAGCGCAAGACAUUGACGAAAUGUCCCAGAUCCACAUCAAGUACGUUGCGAAGCUACAGGAGCGAGCCAUGUUGAGCAAAGACGUCAAACCCAUACACAAGGCGAUUAUGGAGAUUUUAGAACUAGGCGUUCUUCUCGCAGAAACUCUCGGUGCUACCCAGAAAACCAUCGCGGGGCCGAGCAAAAGGAGGAAUAGAUGGGGGAGACAGAAGAGCAGCGCAUCUUCACCCGUUGACGAAGAGUUGUCUGACGAGGAUGCAAACGAGGAAAGCGAUGGCGCAGAACCAAGGACAGGCGCAACAAAAAUCGCUCAACGAAGUCCGAGAGAAGUACUACAGAUGAUCGAUAAAGAGCUUGCACGACUCUUACCAUUCAUCACAGCGGGCUUGCGAAGUGUAGGCAGAGUAGGUGCGGAGCCCAUGUGGGAGCAACUAGCGGAGCGAUUAGAUUGGGAGGGCAAACGAGAUCGCGUAUGA